AUGGCUACCGAGACCGCCACCGUAGACCCAUCGGACGUCGUCACCAGCAGCAGCAUCGACCUGGACAAGGCUGCAGACGCGCAUCAGCAACAGCAUCAGCACCACCAGCGCGUUUCCCCAAGGGAAGCCCAAGAUGCCACGACCACCUCUCCUCCCGCCGAAACCAAACCCUUCAAGCCCACGCGAGCCUUCUGGCUCGUCAUGCUGUCCAUUGCGGUCCUGUCCCUCUGCGGUUCUGUCGAAUCCACCGUCGUCGUGAACGCCCUGCCCACCAUCGUCGCAGCCUUGGGCGGUGGCAACCUGUACCUCUGGGUGCCCAACGCCUUCUUCCUAGCCUCCAUCGCAGUGCUCCCACUGUUUGCCCAAGUAAGCGACGUCUUCGGCCGCCGGAACUUGCUGCUGGGUGCCGCCUCGUUGUUCGUUCUCGGCUGCGCCCUGGGCGGCGCCAGCAGCUCCAUGGCCAUGCUCAUCGUGGCCCGCACCAUCCAAGGCAUAGGCAGCGGCGGCGUCGACACCCUCACCGAGACCGUCAUUCUGGACCUGGUGCCGCUGCGCGAACGCGGCAAGUACAUUGCCCUGGUUCAAAUAGGCACCACCCUCGGCUACGUUGGGGGACCCUUCGUCGGCGGCCUGGUCGUCGUGGACCUCGGCUGGCCAUGGGUCUUCUAUCUCAAUGUCGUCCUCUCCGGCGUUGCGCUCGUCAUGUUCUUCUUCUUCCUUCGCGUUAAGCAUCGGCGUGGUCAGAGCCUGUGGUCCAGGAUCAGACGGCUCGACUUCGGCGGCAACGCCAUCUUUAUCGGGGCCGUCGUCGCCGUGCUGUUGGCAAUGACCUGGGCCGGGCCUGUGUAUCAGUGGAACAGCGCCCAGAUUAUUACACCCCUCGUCAUCGGUCUACUGGGUCUCUUGGCCUUCAUCGCCUUUGAGUGGACUCCUCGACUUGCUCCAGAGCCCUCAUUUCUGCGCGUCAUCGUGUCCAAUCGCACGUCGGCAGCAGUACUUACCAUGACCCUGGUCAACUCGAUAACCAUGUAUGGCACCUUCUACUUCUUGCCUGUCUACUUUCAAGGCGUGCUUGCGAAAUCCCCACUGAAUUCCGGGAUUGGCCUUGCUCCCAUGUCCGCCGCUGUGAUUCCCUUCGCCAUCGUUGCUGGCACGUUGCUAUCCAAGCGCCGCUCGAGGAGCGCUACGCCGCAACUUCUAUCCGGCAUGUACAGCUUCUUCCGUGGAUUCGGCGCCAUCUGGGGUGUUACCAUUCCGUCAGUCAUCUUCAACAACGCCGUAAAGCAGCAAGUUACGGCCGAUCCGUCGGCUUUCGCCACGAACCCGACCUUGGCCGCACGCCUUGCCGACGGUCAGGCCUACGGGCUCGCCACCAAAGCCUUCCUAGACUCCCUGGGGCCGUCGGAUAGCCGACUCCGGGAUCACGUUAUUGCCAUCUUUGAACACGCCAUUCACAUCGUCUUCUAUGCCUUGGUGGCUUUUGCCGGCCUUGGCCUGCUUCUGGUGUUCCUAGAAAAUGAGGUCCUGAUGCGGACGGAGAACGCUACCGAGUUUGGCCUUGAGGAGGAUGGGAACAAUAAAGGCGGAGUCAACGACAGUGGGGAGUCAGCCGGCGGUCUGAUGGCUUCUGCUGAUGUGAUUCGACACAGUAAUGGUAGCGGCGUGAGGUCUAGAGUUGUCGAUGGUAUCGCGCUGGAAGAAGUGUCACGAUAA